AGCGAGAGGUAGGAGAGGCCCUCAACUAGCUCGUCGGGAUCGCCCUGUGACCCGGUCUCAGUCUGGUGCAGCUGCACCCGCAGCACCAAUGGUGGAGGGUACUAGGGUGAUCGUUAGUAUCCCCGACCCCUUUCCUUUCUUCCCUAAUCAUGCCCAUCCCGAGGCUUGGCUGGAAGCUGUAGAAGCUCAAAACUACAGCGCAGCCGAUCUCCCUCGCGUUCUGACAUUGCUACUCCGCAAUACGUCGCAUGAAUGGUUUAGAAAACAUGCGUGGGUAGAUUGGGAUACUUUCAAGCAAGCCUUCUUGGCUCGAUUCGAUACGGUUAGUGAAGAUGCCGCUUGGUACGUACUCAAAAAUCGGCCACAAGGACCAGGGGAAUUGUUACCCGAUUUCGUCGAUCGAUUUCAAACCACGCUGGACAAAUCCGGGCGAGACGAGAAAUCCGCUCAAGAUUUGUUCAUCGACCACCUACGAAGUCCUACAUUGAAAGGCAAACUGCAGAAAAAGGUCCCGCCGAAAACACACCAGUUAUCGGCUAUCAUCACUAAAGCAUUGGAACUGGAACUGGCUGAUACAAAAAAGUAUAUCAGCCAGGGAGACGAAGACAUUACAGAUACCAUACGGGAUGUAACGGCUAAUAGGCGAUCAUGGCUGCAAGCCGUCGAACGGUUUUAUCCCUGCCCAAACCACGACCUUCCCGGAGGGAUCGUUUCUGAUACCCCGCCUGCUUCUUCUUCCUCUCCCCCGGUGAAUCAACCGAUCGCAGUCGUUAAAAGCGGAAUCUCACCCGAACCCUCCUCGCCGGCCAUAACCAACUUACACCUUGCCCAGAUGAUCCAUACGGCCACUACCAAGCAGUCCGAAUGGAUGAGCAACUUGAUCCAAAUGCAGGCCGCUCACAUGGAACAGAUAAUGAGUAGGCUAAUCAAGCCUAGCCCGACCUCUGCUCGGCCGGCCCCCACAUCAUUUCCACUCUUACCUGCCCCUCCUGCUCCACGAUUCGCACCUCAGUUCCCUCAUCUAGCUAAUCCAGCAAGAAAGAUUGAGUGCUUUAACUGCAAACAGCCCGGGCAUUUCGCCUGGGACUGUCCGCAGCCGAAACAUAAUCAGCCUCCACCUGCUGCGGCCCCUGUCGCCCUUAAUCAAGGACGAGUGGCCGCCCUGAUGGAUACGGACCAAGGAGGAGAAUUUGUGGCAUAUGCCCCAAAGCAGCCUUCCCCUUCGAUGGCAACGGCGUCGACCUCGGGAGCUUCUUCCUCUGACGCUGCUGACGUGGUCGACCCCCUCGAGUAUCUUCAUCUCGCAGGCAUGAUCGGAGCAAUCCGAUUGGCCCCAGAUGAUCUCGAAUGGGUCGAUCGUGAAUCCAAUCCUGGACCGCAGUUUCCAACACGAGACAUUGAUGUAUUGAAAACGCUCAAGCAACUAGAUAUUCGCGUUCCUAUCCCAGUAGGACAUCUGCUCACCAUAUCUGAAGCGGCGAACGAUAAGCUUUUACAACAUUGUCAAAAAAAUCAAAAGCGCUUUACCUAUCAGCGCAUACAACGGAUGUUGAAGAAGAAGGAAGGAAGCGAGGAGGUUGCACCCCCCGAGUCUGACACGAGAGAACCUGAACCCGAAGCCGCACGUAUAGCAGCGAUCUCUUUAGCAGAAAAAGAUCACUUCAUACGAGCUCGGCCAGUAUUGUGGAAAAGUGCGGAAUAUGACUGUGAAGUUUGGGGCAAGCCGUUUAAUACCCUUAUUGACACAGGGUCUUUUGCCGUGGCCAUAUCAUUGGAUACUGUCAAAAUGACGGGACGACUUGGAUCCAUUCUUCCUCAAUCUGGCAAAAACAAUUAUGUCUCUGCCGACGAGGAAGCAAUGAACAUCGUAGGCAUUAUCGAGAACGUGGCUGUAAAAGUCGGACGAGUACACGUUCUUGUUAACGCGCUCGUAAUAGAUGUACGUUCCUAUUCUGCGUUGUUGGGAUUACCUUGGACGAUGGUGGUGGGCGCACGUCUGCAUUUCGAUUCGAAACAAUUGGUGCUCACGCAAACUGGGGGAAAGCCUCAAACUGUUCCCUUGCGAGUUUCCACCCGAAUGAUAAAACGGGUCCCUAACUCGGCCCAAAUUGGAAUGAUUCGGUGCAUUGAUCCCGAGGAGCGCUCUCCCUCGCACAUCAGUGAUGGAAUCCGGGAACAGGAAUACGAAGAAGAGUUGUCUAGCGAGGAUGAAUGGAAGCACCUGGUUGAACUUUUCGAACACGAAAUUCCCGAGGAAUUCCAAGUGUGCCCCGACCCUGCUCGAAGUUUCCACGUGGAUUCAGAAGACAGCGCGCUUGCGCCUCCGAUAACGCAAAGCAUGGACUUUGACAUUCGUCAUCGGAAGCAAGAGAGACACGGGAAUGCGGACGGACUGACACGACUGCACCGGCCUGAGAAGGUUCCGAAGAGUGAGGAGGUUCUUGACGCACAACUCUUACAGCCACGUGGCCACAUCUCAGAGAUUCGGCAAGUUUGUCACCCUCGGCUCAAUGCGGAUCUUCGACGUUUGAUGCGAUUCUUCUGCGACGAAGGUAUCUGUGCCGCCGCCGCGUUUCGAAUCGAAGGAAGUCCUCACGCAGUAGUAUUCGCGGAGGUAACCGCAGUUCAUCGGCGAGCGGACCCCAAAAUGAGCCACGUCACCACGGUUGCGGCGUUCAGCGGCGACAUCAGCUCGGUCAAUCCACAGUGGCAUACCGCGAUCUUGACCUCGCUGCGCGAGUGGACGGAGCAGGUGUCCAACGUAUGGCAGCACGUUCUCGCCCGCCAGGGGUAUAACCUCAUCCUGAUCUUUACACCGGAUCUUGACAAUAUUCGUCGAUCACCUCGCGAGCGAUAAGUUGCGAUCCCAACCCUCGUCCGCUUCCCACAUCCCCAAUGAACCACGCCGAUCUCC